GAAUUCGGAACUAUAAUGCACGAGGAACAACAGUGGGGUGGUCUGGAGUUCCGGUCGGAGCAGAGAGCGCGUGCACACAGCGUGGAACGGAGCAACAUGGCGUGUGUGAAGAGUCAGCAGUGUUCAGUGUGGGUCGGAGCGGAGACCGGCAUCCUGAAGGGUGUGUGUGUGAGCAGGAAGCAGGUGUAUAAUUUCUGUGAGAUGCACAGUCUGAACCGAGACGAGGAGAUCUGCACCAUCACCUGGGGGGAUGAGCAGGAGACUGAGGUGUUAAUGGGGAGUGUUAAUGGCAGAGUGAAGACGUUCAGUAUAGAGAAGGGAAUAUUCACCGAGAGCCGAGAGUGUUCGGAUUUAACACAGGGACGAUUCACUGGCCUUGCUGUCACCGACAGGUCGUUAAUAACAUGUGUGGAGUCUGGAUUGCUGAAGGUGUGGCCUGAAGCAGGCGGGGAGACAGUUGAAAUAAAUGUGGGGAGUGGAGUGUGCCGAAUGAGACAAAACCCAUCCGAGCGCCACCAUGUGGCCACAGGAGGAAAGGAGAACCCAUUAAAAGUGUGGGACCUGCAGAGACCAGACACUCCUAUCUUCACUGCCAAGAAUGUUGCUAAUGACUGGUUGGAUCUGCGUGUCCCUGUAUGGGUUAGAGACAUGGCCUUCCUCACACAAUCCAACAAGAUCGUCACCUGCACAGGACAUCAUCAGGUGCGUGUGUAUGAUCCGUCAUGUCAGAGGAGGCCGGUGCUGGAGGCGAAGUUUGGAGAGGUUCCUCUGACGGCGCUCUCGGUUCCGCCUGGUGAGAACAGUGUGGUGGUGGGGAAUACACACGGCCAACUUGCCACCCUCGACCUGCGCAAAGGUCUGGUGCGUGGGUGUAUGAAGGGCGUGGCAGGCAGUGUGAGGGGGCUGCAGUGUCACCCAACAUUACCCCUCGUCGCUUCCUGUGGCCUUGACCGUUUCCUCCGAAUACACAACCUGCAGGACAGAACACUAAUGCACAAGGUGUAUCUGAAGUCCCGGCUGAACUGUGUGUUGGUCUCCAGUAAAGAUCUGCAGUGUGUGUCAGAUGAGGAUGAACAGCUGGAGGAGGUGAAAACAGAAGAGGAUGAGGUUUGGGAUGCCAUGGAAACGGUGACAGAAAAGAGCGGGAAAAGAGCAGCACAAGAUGAGGAUGAGGUCGAAGUUGUGACACAGAGUGAGAAGAAGAAAAAGAAAAGGACAAAGAAGUGACAAUGCUUUUACUGCUAAUAGCUGUGUGUGUGUGUGUACAGACUGGUUUAUAUGAUCAUGCUUGGCUGUGUAUGUGUGUGAGUGUGUGGGUUUUAAUAAAGAGUGUCAGGGUCUAGUUUAAGGUCCUCCUGCAGUACCCGUAGCUUCCAUUAUGGGGCAGCAGCAGCACCCAGACUACACAAAGUGAACCUAAACCUCAGUGCUGAAUGUGUGGAAAUGAAUGAACAUACUUUCAUUAACACCUGAUUCUGUUCAGGUUUAGAUCACACUGAGUGUAGAUGAUUUUCUGAUGUGGGAAAAGAGCAGAGCUGAAGGUGCUACAGUGGAUUGGUGUGUAAUAAACAUGCAUUUAAACUUCUACGUAAACAAUAAAUCUACCUGGAUACAGAAAAGGAAAAAAAAACUCAGUGGGUAUCAUUUGUCAAUAUUUUAGUUGUGUAAAAAGUUUUGUAAUGUUUUUAAAGAAAUCAUAUCGGUCUUUAAACAUUCUUUCCCUCAUAAAUUAGCGCUACAUUAUCCAUCAGUUGAGGCUUACGUGAAGAAGGUCCUCCUGAUUAAUUUGGAUGCAUUUCUCUGUAAAUCUGCAGACAAAAUGUUCCUGUAAACUUCUGAAUUUAUUCUGCUGUUCCCAUCAUGAGUUCCAUCAUCAGUAAAGAUUAGUGAUCCCGUUCCAGAAACAGCCAUGCAAGCACAAGCCAUGACUCUACCUCCACCAUGUUUCACAGAUGAGCUUGUAUGUUUGGAUCAUAAACAGAUCCUUUCUUUCUCCACACUUUGGCCUUUCCAUUACUUUGGUAGAGGUUCAUCUCUGUUCCAGAAUGUUUUUGGCUCAUCUCUGUACAGUGCAUCUCAAAAAAUUUUAAUAUCGUGGAAAAGUUUUUUUUCUGUAAUUUAAUUUUUUUUUAAAAACUUUCAUAUAUUUUAGAUUCAUUACACAUAAAGUGAAAUAUUUCAAACCUUUUUUGUUUUAGUCUCAAUGAUUAUGGAUUACAGCUCGUGGAAAUCAAAAAUCCAGUGUCUGAAAAUAUUACAAUAAAGAAUUUAUAAAACAGAAA